AGUGCUCGGGCAUGGCUGAGGUCCUGGUGUGGGUGCCAGUACCUUCAAGGAGGAUAAGUGCUUCCAUGUUGUCUUUUGGGACCUCCUGGAAACAAGUGGGAAGGCAGAGUCACUGCCCUAGCAGCUGCUGAUCUAAAUAGACUGAGAAAGGACAAACUAGAAAGGGAAAUGCUUUAUGGCCUCAGAAGACUCUGAGAGCCUAUUUAUAUUUAAAAUCAGAGAGGGGCAAACCUACAAGACCCUCUUGAUGUCAGAGCAUCUGCAGGCCUUCAGAACAACCACAACCACGUUCCUCCCUUACAAGGCUCAUCAUCCUAAUACAGAAAGCUCCUGGAGAUAACACGAAGCUGGGCACACAGUACAGCCUAUGCUCCAGGCACAGGGAGUAAGCGUUGAGGCAAGAAAUGACUUUUUCCUGGCAUGACCCACUACAGAUUGAACUGGAAUGGCAAUUAGAAGUUGAAGUGCUCAUUUAAUGUCAGUGAUGUGUAAACUACGUUGCCAUUGUUAUUUUAGUGCUGAUUUACAUAAUUGGCAUACCCUGAAGUCACACUGCACAGCACUUUCAGUUCAUGCUAAAGACUUGCAGGAAGUCAUAAAAUUAAACAUUAUCUGCACUGGAAUGCAACGGAAGAGUAACUACACUUUUGAAGGAUUUCACCUUGCUCCAUCACCUCUCCUGCUGUACUCACAGUAGAGAGUGAAAAUCCAGGUUAACAAGUGUUGGGAGCUGUUGGUAGGAAGGAGCUUUACCAGCUCUUUAAUUAGGCUGGUGUAGUUCUAAGGGGGUUUGUUACUCUGGUAUGUAACUCCCUGUGUGAGCACCUCAUCCUGCAGUGAUGUUUCGCAGGUAUAGCUGAAGUCACUCUAUUGUGGUAGGAAAGCCAAGGAUCACAGGAGGAAUUACUCCAGUCCAAAUGUGCUGAAUUCCUGCCUCAAAUCGGUGGCUUUCCUGCAGUCGAAAAGUCGUAAGAUGGAGGGAAAAGGCCGCUCCCAAAGGAGGAGCUGGUAAUGGAGCUGUCUCAGUUGUUAUUGCUUUAAAUCCUCCUCUGCAGUAAUUCAAGGUGUCAAAGGCUGGCUAUGCCUUUUGCAAAUGAAGCCCCUGAGAGGUAUUUGGUUGGAAGAGGAGGUGCAGCACAGGGCAUUCACCUUGCUGGGAAGGAGCCUGUGCUAGCACCAGGACCUGGGCUAAUACUGUGUGCCAUUGGCUUUGUCUUUAAUGAGUGCUGAGGGAACUGGAGUUGUUUAAUCUGGAGAAGAGAAGGCUCAGGGAGGACCUUAUCGCUCUCUGCAACUGCCUGAAGGGAGGUUGUAGUGAGGUGGGGGCUGGUCUCUCCCAAGGAACAAGUGACAGGACAAGAGGAAACGGCCUCAAGCUGCACCAGGGGAGGUUUUGACUGGAGAUGAGGAACAAUUUCUUCACAGGCUGUGCUCAGGCAUUGGAACAGGCUGCCCAGGGCAGUAGUGGAGUCACCGUCCCUGCAAGUGUUCACACACUGUGUAGAUGAGGCCCUCAGUGACAUGGUUUAGUGGUGGCCUUGGCAGUGCUGGGGUUAAGGUUGGACUUGAUGAUCUUAAAGGUCUUUUCCAACCUAGUUGAUGACCCAAAAUGGCUGGGUAUCACAUACGUGUGGAAGAAGGGCCAGGCGCUGCUGCAGAGCCCAAGCAGGCCAACAGAGGAUGGGACAUCCAAAGGGUGCAUCCCAAUGGACAAAUUAAAUGGUAUUGGGAUGAAGAGAUUUGCCAAUAUCAGCAAAGGGAACUUGGAUUGGGAGCCGAAUUCCACCAAGUAUAGGCCUGCCUUCUUCACCCCGCUGCCUAUCUCCGUGCCUGGAUGCGAUGCCGGCUCCCGCAGACCCGGCCGCUCCGGUGCGCACCGGAGGCAGGUGCCGGGCUGAGUCGCAGGGCUGGUUUGCGACGGCGGUGCCGGGGUUUGUGUGCCGGAGAUCCGCCGCAUUUCCACCACUGGAGGGCAGCCACAUCUUAAUAAAAACCCCUGCACACCAAACCCCAAACCCAACCCUCCGCUCGGCCAGGGCUGAGCUCGCAGCCGGGAAGGAGACUCCUCCGAGGACAGCGAGGAAACCCCCGGCUCUCCAGCCCUCUUCGCGCAGGAUCGCACUCAAUAAAGGAGCGGGGAAAAGUCAAGCUUCGCCUUAAUGUCGCUGCGGGAGUCUCGGUAAAUGUCCAUCUGUCCGACGCGGGUGAUGCAAAAGGACUUUUUUGUUUUUGCUUUGAAAAGGAGCUUUUUAACUCCGUAGACACAUAGGGACCCAUUCACGGGCAGGCACACGCACACACACUCGAGGAGAAGGAAGAAGAAGAAGAACAAGCAACAACUUUUCGAUCGCUGCUUUUAAAAGAGAGAAAGCCCUUCCCUGGCCGGGACUUGCCUUCUGCCUCCUCACCCAGCUGCUAAAAGUAUGUUUCUGAGGCGGACCGUACUUCAGAGAACUUCUCUUUUCUGCUCGGCAGCUGUAGAGGAGCAGCAGCGAAGUUCGGAGUAACACCAAGUGAUGCGGGAAAAACACCCCGAGAGCAGAAAACCCUCCUGUAGACACAACCCCUGCUGCUGCUGCACACAGGUUGAUCAUGGUUGCCGCGACCCGCUCCCUCCUGGCGCUGCUGCUCUGCCAGGCGCUGCUGGGCGGCGCGGCCGGCCUCAUGCCGGAGGUGGGCCGGCGGCGUUUCACCGAGCCGGGCCGCGCCGCCUCGGCCGCGCAGCGCCCCGAGGAUCUCCUCAGCGAGUUCGAGCUGCGCCUGCUCCACAUGUUCGGGUUGAAGCGGCGGCCCAGCCCCGGCAAGGACGUCGUCAUCCCCCCCUACAUGCUGGACCUCUACCGCCUGCACGCCGGGCAGCAGCAGGGGCAGCCGCCGGCCCUCGGGUACCCGCUGGAGCGGGCCGCCAGCCGCGCCAACACCGUCCGCAGCUUCCACCACGAAGAAGUUUUGGAAGAACUGCCAGAAACAAGUGGGAAAACAGCACGGCGUUUCUUCUUUAAUUUAACUUCCAUCCCUAAUGAGGAGUCUAUCACCUCAGCUGAACUCCAGAUUUUUCGGAAGCAGGUGCACGAAGCCUUUGAGAACAACAGCAGCUACCAUCACCGUAUUAAUAUUUAUGAAAUUAUAAAGCCAGCCACAGCCACCUCUAAGGACCCUGUCACAAGACUUUUGGACACCAGGUUGGUGCAUCAUAAUGCAAGUAAAUGGGAAAGUUUUGAUGUAACGCCAGCUGUUUUGAGGUGGAUUGCACAUGGACAACCUAAUCAUGGGUUUGUGGUAGAGGUGGUUCACUUGGACAAAGAGAACAGUGCCUCCAAGAGGCACGUUAGGAUUAGCAGGUCUUUACAUCAGGAUGAAGAUAGCUGGUCUCAGCUCAGGCCAUUAUUAGUAACGUUUGGGCAUGAUGGCAAGGGACACCCGCUCCAUAAAAGAGAAAAGCGUCAAGCGAAACACAAACAGCGUAAACGCCACAAAUACAGUUGCAAAAGGCAUCCGUUAUAUGUGGACUUCAAUGAUGUGGGGUGGAAUGACUGGAUUGUUGCCCCACCGGGGUAUAGUGCCUUUUACUGCCACGGGGAAUGUCCUUUUCCACUGGCAGAUCAUCUAAACUCAACAAACCAUGCCAUUGUUCAGACUUUGGUCAAUUCAGUGAAUUCCAAAAUCCCCAAGGCUUGCUGUGUGCCGACAGAACUGAGUGCUAUUUCCAUGCUCUACCUUGAUGAAAAUGAAAAAGUUGUAUUAAAGAACUAUCAAGAUAUGGUUGUGGAGGGUUGUGGGUGCCGCUGACACAGCAAAAUAUAUUAGACAAAUGCAAAAGGUUAAAAAAACCCCCCAAGCUGACACUUUAAUAUUUCCCAAUGAAGACUUUAUUUAUGUAAUGAAAUGGAAAGAAAAAGAAAAAAAAACACAACUAUUUUGAAAAUAUAUUUAUGUCUACAAAAAAAAAAGUUGGGAAAACAAAUAUUUUAAUCAGAGAAAUAUUCCUUUAAAGAUUUUUAAAUGUAUUUUAGUUGUACAUUUUAUAUGGGGUUAACCCCAGCACAUGAAGUAUAAUGGUCAGAUUCUUAUUUUGUAUUUAUUUCCUAUUAUAACCACUUUUUAGAAGAAUAGCUAAUUUGUAUUUAUAUGUAAUCAAAAAGAAAAAAAAAUAUAGGGUUUGUACAUAAUUUUCCAAAAUUGUAGCUGUUUCAAUUGUGUGUAUUUAAGUUGAAAAAAGAAUACAUGGAAGGUUACUAUGGCAAAGUGCAUAGCACAUUUGCUUUCUGCUGUGCUACUGUUAAGGUCACAAGUUCAAGUCCAGAAAAAAAAGUGGAUAAUCCACUCUGCUGACUUUCAAGAUUAUAUUGUACAAUUCUCAGGAAUGCUGCAGGGUGGGCUGUCCAAUCCAUGAGAACUGGCAUCCUCUUUAGGUGGAACAUUUGGAUAAGAACCAGACGUUGCUGAUCUAGUAUAAAUACUGCUAUUCCCAACUAAUUUGCAGUGUGAAUUUAAGAAGGGCCAAUAGAAACCCUAUGGGAGGUGGGGGUGGGGGGUGCGGGGGAAGGCUGAAUCCUUUCUAGACCUACAGAAAAGUGAAUGUUUGAUGUUUCCUUUCAAAGUCCUUCCUUUAAAAGUCCUGGCCAAAUAUAAAAUAAUAAAAACUAAAAUGUCA